CCACCACCACUCGCCCAGCAGAUCAUGAUUAUCGCGGGCACCAUGGAGAUCACCGAUUUCAUCUUCUCCCAGCGCGAGGACAGUCUCUUGACCGGCAACUACAAUGCCUACCGAACCCACACCACCCGCAAGUUGCACAAAGUCCGCCAGCGACUCGGCCAGACGACCCCCAAAGGCCGCAAGUACACUGCCAAACGACCGGUGACUGCCGACGAUGUGAAUAGCAACGUGGAGUAUGCUCAUGUCCUUCUCAUCAGUGCCGAACGAGCAUGGGCGCAUGCCAUGCUUAUGAAGUCCACCCACUCGGCAGAUCCAUCGGCAAAGGGAAUCAGCGGUGCGACCAGGAGCCAUAUCAUCUCUAAACUUCAGAAGGCAGCCACCUAUGCGAGGCAAUUGGUGCUCAUUCUCGAGGACCAGGCGACCUCCGGGGCUGCGGACACCGAUGUUCUCGAAGCUCGCGCAUACCUGGCAUCGCUCUUGGGCGCCCUUUACUUGGAGAAGCGAAACUGGGGGCAAUGUCUUCAGAACUACUCUAUCUCCAGGGUUAUCUAUGCGACUUUGGGUCAGCAGGUUAAGAAAGACGCAUUCCGAGACCUCCUCUCCGGCACUGUCGACCCCAGCAUAAGAUAUGCAGCCUAUCAGCUCAAGCUCCCGCGGUCGAAGCCCAUCCCGUCUCUGGCACUUAGCUAUUUCCCAGCGGAUGCGACCAUCAGGUCCGAGGUUGAGAAACUUGAUCCCAACUGUUUGAAGGAGGAGGCAGCGGGCACGCGGAGGACUGCUGACGGGGAAGUGCAGCAACUCCCUGAAAGUAUCACAUGGAGGUCGCAUACAGUCGGCUUGGAGGAUGCCGCGAUCUCGCAAGCUCUCGCGGCCGCAGCUGCAGCUGAAUCUCGCCUCGGCACGUGGCUUGCGGAGAGCGCGGGGAAAUCCGCAUCCUCAAAAGAUAAAGCCGCUGCCUAUGACAAUGUGAUUAUUGCUAGUCAAGAUGCCGUCGAUGCUACAAAGACAGCGAUUGAUGAUCUCGUUGGAGAGGGAGUUGACCAGGGUGAUAAGAGAAUGCAGGCGCUGCAAAUAACGCGGACUGCUGUGAACUAUGAUCUGGUCGGGUGGAGAAUCGGACGAAACCGUGUUCUUUGCGGAGAAAAUGACGGCACUUCUUUCGAACCGGUCCCGGCCAAGCUGCCCAAGGGUGCCAAGUCUUCUGCUAAACAGGAUGAGGCCACUGGUAAGAAGCUGGCACGGCUGCGUGAACGAGUCGUCCUGUAUGAUUCCACUCUCCAGAGUAUCGAGUUUAUCCUUGAGCUUCCUGGAGUUGCCGCAGAUACGGCCUUUGUUCGCGAGCUAGAUGCCAAACGGCGGUAUUUCCGUGCUUUAAGAUGCCUGACUAUUGGACGGUCGCAUGGAAUCCUUGGCAAGUCUACCAACGCCCUCGCCUUGUUUGCGCAGGCUUUGGCCCUUGUCACAGAAGCCGCACGGUCCUCACAGUCCUCGGCCGAAACGGAAGGGCCACCGAGACUUGAUAUCUCGCGUAGCCAGGUCCAGAACCUCGAAUCGACCCUAAAGGGCUUGGUUGCGCAAUACCGUGGUCUGGUUACUCUGGAAAAGAUAUCCAGCGAAGCGCAGUCCAAGUCUACUACCCAGCGCCCGGCGGUUGAGCGUCUACACGAAUAUGCCGGUGACGCUCUAAACUUGACCAAUAUCGUACCGUACCCUCCUCAGAUGCAGCCCGUCCCCGUGAAGCCUUUGUUCCUUGACGUGGCUUGGAACUACAUCGACUACCCGCGUCAAGACAAGCCCGCUCAGGAGCAAGGGCCGGUUCAAACAGAGACAGAAACAGAGGAGAAAAAGGGUGGACGACGCGGCUGGUUUGGCUUUGGUCGGUAACUUGUUAAUGAUUAGGGCUGCCGGAGGGGUCAUUCGAUUCCUUACUGGCUAUUAUUGCCAUGAAACUUUUAAUAUGAUGUUGCAUCUCGGUACCUGCCGGGCUAUAACUAGAGUACAUAGUAAAUCUGACGAUGACGAUACUGCAGCCAGUCGAAUAGCUAGUCCGGAGCAUAUCUUUGACUUUGGGAUAAGGUUACUACUAUCCUGUGUUUCCGAUUAUCCUUUACUCGAAUAUCCUAGGAUGGGGUCAUGAAG